AUGGACAACCUGAAGAGGGCAUCCCGAAUUGCCAUCGUUGGCGUCGGCCAGGUCGGGGCUGCAGCUGCGUACGCCCUUGUGCUCGGCUCUAUUGCCGACGAACUGCUCCUGGUCGAUACUCGCGCCGCAUGGCGAGACGGACAGGUGCGCGAUCUGUCCGACGCGGCGUACGCAAGCCGCAGCAAGACCCGCGUCUACAGCGCGACAUACCGCGAGGCCAGCCAGUGCGACAUUGUGGUCAUCACGGCCGGGUCCAAGUACUUAUACGGUCAAACCAGCAUGGACUAUUUGUACCGCAACACCAGCAUUGUGCGCUCAAUCAUCAACGAGAUGAAACCGUUCCGGUCCGAUACCGUUCUCCUUAUCGUCGCGAACCCCGUCGAUCUCAUGACCUCGCUGGCGAAGGAGCUCUCGAACCUGCCGUCCGCGCAGGUCCUGGGUUCCGGCACGUUCCUCGAUUCGAUCCGCCUUCGCGGGCUUCUGGCAGACGAAACCGGCCUUGCGCCCAACUCCCUGGACCUGUAUGUCCUAGGCACCCACGGCGACUCGGCAGUGGCUGCUUGGUCGUGCGCCGCAGUAGGCGGAGUGCCCCUGAAGGAUGCACUGGGGCUGGAGAAGCGGGUCGAGGAGAGCCUCGUCGAGGAGUGCAAGCACCGCUCGCAGAGCAUUGUCCGUGCCAAAGGAGCGACGACGUUUGGAAUCGGGUCGAUCGUGUGUAGUAUUUGUGCGUCGGUGCUGCUGGACAGGCACAACGUGCGGCCGGUCAGCCACUACCAGCCGCAGCACGGGUGCUGUUUCAGCUUGCCUGCUGUGCUGGGGAGGAAGGGCAUUGUGCAGACAUUUCCCGUCCCACUGUCAGCGGCGGAGCAGGAAGGGAUUGCGCAGUCGGUGGGAGCAUUGAAGAGUACGCUUAACCGUGUGCUGGAGGAGGAGAAAGGAAACAGGUCUACAGUGUAG